UUUGGUGCUGAAGUGCAAGGCGUCGACUUCUCGCGUCCUCUCUCGCCCCCCAUCGUCUCUGAGAUCAUCGACCUCCAGAACAAAUAUGGCGUGCUUGCCUUCCGUUCCACCGGCUUGAACGAUGAGACACACGUCCGAUACUCGAAGAACUUCGGCGCUCUCGAAUCGAUCCACGGCCUCAACAAACCUAGACGCGCUUCUUCAAACCACCUGUACGAUGCCGGAAACCUGGAUGCUGAGGGUAACAUUAUUCCCAAAGGCAGCCGAGCUUGGUGGCACGCCAAGGGUAACGGACUCUGGCACACCGACUCAUCCUUCAACCAGCAUCGGUCGUCAUACAGUGCUCUGCGAGCCGUUGAGCUACCACCACAGGGUGGGCAGACCUUGUAUGCUGACAUGCGACAAGCAUACGCAGAUUUGCCAGAAGACAUCAAGGGCUUGAUCGAGGGAAAGAUUGCAGAGCACUGGAUCUGGCACUCGAGAAAGCUGGCAGCGCCGGAAGAAUUCCCAACCGAGGAAGAGAAGAAGGGUGUUCCGCCAGCAUACCACCACAUCGUCCAAGUUGCUCCCAACGGCAUCCAGAAGACGCUAUACAUCGCCAGCCACGCAAAGCGAAUCAUCGGCAUGCCAGCCGAGGAAUCAACACAGCUGAUCAAAUAUCUCCUCGACCAUGCUCAACAAUCCAAAUACCAAGUCGCCAUCCGGUGGAAGAAUGUUGGAGACUUGGUUCAAUGGGAUAACCGCUGCACCAUGCAUCGAGCAACUGCAUUCAAGGACCAAGAAAACAGGAGGGAUAUGAGACGUUCCACGGUCUACGACCAUGGCCCACAGGCAUUUGGAGUC